AUGCCCGCCAUCGCUCCUGUACCAACACCGGACCACCUGUUGGCAAUCCCCAACAAGCUCGCCCCCACGGGAGCGGCCUGCCUCUCCUAUGCUCCAGCUCUGGCAGCCACCGCCGGCCUGGCUGCUUUCUUCGCGGUGUCCUCGUUGAGUCUCUUGGUAUGGCUCAACCGAAGAUACCUGCUCUCCGUGCUCGACCGGCUGCGGGAACAUCGGGCCCCCAGUAUGGUCCAUCGAUGGCCGAGGGAGCACAUUUUCUGGAAGGCCCAAGAAUCGCGGCCACCGGUGCCACCGAAACCACUGCAGCGAGCCACCGUCCGUCGCUCGAGACUGCAGUAUCCUCGAACAAGCCGGGUCGAGUGGAGGAGCGCUCACCCCGCGUUCAUCACGAACAUCGUCCACCCUCCUUUCCAGGCACAGACGCCCGUCGAGCUCCCGGCAUCGCCCAUAGAGGAAUACGAUAGCUCCUGGUAUAUACAGCACUACACAGAGCCGUGGCAGUCCUCGAGAUACCCUGAACAUAUAUGA